AUGGGUAAAUGUGCGCUCUGUGAGCAAGACCAGUACUUUGUACUGGACUUUGAGACGGGAAUUCUGCAGUAUUUCGUGAAUGAACAAAGUAAAAACCAGAAGCCACGGGGAACCUUGUCAUUAGCUGGAGCUAUAAUAUCGCCCAGUGAUGAAGUGCCACACAUGUUGGUGGUCUACUCUGCUAAUGGAGAGAUGUAUAAGUUGAGAGCUGCUGAUGCAAAGGAGAAACAAUACUGGAUAACUCAGCUUCGAUCCUGUGCCAAACAUCACAAGGAAGGUAAUUCUAAGAGCAUUUCAUCCUCACGAAGUAGAAGCUCAUCUCUGCUGCCGCCUGGGACAGUUAAUUCUGCAUCUCCUAGUGGCCAGAAACAUAUGAAUCAAAGUGGGCCAACUGUUGUAACCAUCACACAUCACAAAUCACCUGCAGCUGCUCGAAGAGCAAAGAGCCAGCGUUCUGGUCAACUCCAUGAAGUCAGAGAGAUGAUGAGCCAAGUUGAGGGACAACAGAAGAAUCUUGUACAAGCCAUUGAAGCUCUCCCAAGUUCUGGGCCUCUUUCUGCCUUGGAUCAGGACUUGCUGCUUUUAAAAGCUACCUCUGCUGCCACCCUGAGCUGCCUUGGAGAAUGCCUGACUCUGUUACAGCAAAGCAUGCAUCAAGUGGGCCAGCAUCAUAACAGGACACUGUCAUCAGAAGGUAUCCUGGGAUGGCCUGGGCCCAAGUCACACUCCACAGAGCAACUGAAAAACGGUGCCCUCAGCUCUUUAUCAUCUGCUAGUGCCAACAUUACAUGGGCAAUAGUACCAUCUGCAGCCCAGGAUGGACAGGCACUACAACCAAAUACAGAGCAUUCAGCUUCUGAGUUGAUCUUAGUUGAAGAUGAAAUGACAGAUACUGAAGAUAAUGAAGAGGAGGAUUUAGGAGUCAUGGAUGAUCAACGUAGCGUAAUUCUCCAUCUCAUCUCUCAACUCAAACUUGGCAUGGACCUUACCAGGGUAGUGCUUCCAACAUUUAUUUUGGAGAAAAGAUCCCUGCUGGAGAUGUAUGCAAAUUUCAUGGCCCAUCCAGACCUGUUUUUGUCAAUUGCAGCUGGAGCCACCCCCGAGGAAAGAAUUAUCUGCUUUGUGGAGUAUUAUCUAACAGCUUUUCAUGAAGGCCGAAAGGGAGCGGUUGCCAAGAAGCCCUAUAACCCUAUAAUUGGUGAAACGUUUCAUUGCUCGUGGGAUGUGCCUAAAGAUAAAGUGAAAGCAUUCAGAACUAAUGGUGCCUCCACGGUUUCUAAGGACCCGACCAAGGAUUUUGGCCAGGACCGGUCUGCGUGCUACAAGCUGAGGUUUGUAGCUGAACAAGUGUCCCAUCAUCCACCGGUAUCUUGCUUUUACUGUGAGUGCAAAGAGAAGAAAAUGUGCGUCAACGCUCACGUAUGGACCAAAAGCAAGUUUAUGGGCAUGUCGAUAGGCGUUUCUAUGGUAGGUGAAGGUGUUCUUUACUUGAUGGAACAUGAAGAAGAGUAUGUUUUCACCCUGCCUAGUGCCUAUGCUCGCUCGAUACUUACCAUCCCAUGGGUGGAGCUUGGAGGGAAAGUCAACAUCAAUUGUGCCAGAACGGGCUAUUCUGCCACGGUCACGUUCCACACCAAGCCAUUUUAUGGAGGGAAGGUCCACAGGGUUACAGCCGAAGUGAAACACAAUCCCACUAACACCAUUGUGUGCAAGGCACAGGGAGAAUGGAACGGUACGCUGGAAUUCACUUACAGCAACGGAGAAACCAAAGUGAUCGACACUAACAAACUGCCUGUUAUCAGGAAAAAGAUUAGGCCGAUAGCAAAGCAAGGCCCGCUGGAAUCAAGGCACCUUUGGCAACACGUCACCAAUUCUCUGAAAGAAGGUAAUAUUGAUGCAGCAACGGAGCACAAGCACCGCCUUGAAGAGAGACAACGAGCAGAGGAGAGGCAACGUCUGGCUCUUACAACGCCCUGGAAACCAAAAUAUUUUGCCAAAGAGGGUGAUGGUUGGCUAUACUUGAAUCCUCUCUGGAAGACCCAUUGACGGGAUAGAGCAGUUGCCUCGUAACUUUACCUUGAAGGCAUUAAAAUGAUACAGUAUAUAACUU